AUGCAAUACGCCACCGCCAUCCUCUCCCUCUUCGCUGCCACCGGCCUCGCCUCCGCCCACCACCGCCCAAAGCAAAUGCCCUGGGACAACACUCCCUCGAUGUUUUCCAUCGACAAAACCGACAUCUGCUGGCUCAUCUGCGCUUCGCAACCCCUGGACUGCCCGGAAGGCUGGUAUUCCUCCCAGCAAGGUGAAUGCUACACGUGCUGCCGUGGUGCCGGCGAUUCGAAGGUUGGCAACGUCAUCUGUAAGGAUCUAGAGGAUUCAUAG